UUAAUUAUCGCCACACAGAUAGAGGUUGGCCCAUUUAGCGUCUCCUCAUUUCCUCAUAAACAAGCUGUGCCGCAGCGUCUCUCAUCACAUCUGUACGGGACUCUAACCAGGAAGCUACAAGACGUCAUCAUCUGUCCAGCAGAAUGCCGAGCCAACUCGAGGGUGCAAUGGAUGCGCUGAUAACAGUUUUCUACAACUACUCUGGAAAUGAUGGAGAUAAAUACAAACUCAACAAGGGCGAGUUAAAGGAACUCCUGAACAGUGAGCUCACCGACUUCCUCACGUCUCAGAAGGAUCCGAUGCUGGUGGAGAAAAUCAUGAACGACCUGGACUCUAACAAAGACAACGAGGUGGAUUUCAAUGAGUUUGUUGUGUUGGUGGCCGCCCUGACCGUUGCCUGCAAUGACUUCUUCCAAGAGCAGAAGAAGAAAAACAAGUAGAAAACCAACUGUAAAUCUUUAUCAGCAGUUUGAAAAUGUUUAAAAAUGUCAUCACAUUAAAAGCAAUGCAGUAAACGUCCCAUCAGUUGAAUCCUUUGUAUUAGCGUUUCCCGCCGUAUAGCAUUGUGAAUGUAGUGUUCGUACAUACUUUGUCUUAUUGUCGCAGGUUUUAAAACAAAAAGAUGUCUCACCAAUUUUCAGCCUGGAGCUGUUAAACAAUGACUGAGUAGAAAAUACAAAGUACCCUUUUCCCUAAUUGUCUUAAUUGUCGUUUUUUGUAUUGUGUUUGGUGCUGUGUUUAACUUGGGUGCAUUAAAAGUAAAAGCUCCACUCUCCUAGUUUUGUCUAUAAAAGACAGCAUGAUCAUUACCGACAAUUAACCUUUAAAAAGACACUUUGUCAUUUAAGAAUUUGUCUUAAAUCCUUUGUUGUCAUUUUUUUGUCCCAGUAGACGUCCCAGCUGAGACGCUCCCUGCUCCAUUAUAAAUGUCAAAAGUUUAUUAUUGCAUAAUUGUCUUUCUUUGUUACAGGUUGAUUGUGCAUUUAAACAUGUUUGUCCCUUGUCAGUCUUGCUGUCUAUGUUCCCCAAGGACGAACCCUUUCUCCCUCGUGUUGGCGGAAAGCUGGCGUCAUGGAAAAAUGCACAGGAUCACGGUGAAUAAGGUUCAAGUUAUGGUUCAGUGAUAAGGAUUUUACUGUACAAUGUCUGUAACAUUUAAUGCUUCUAAAUGUAUUAUGUGUUGCAUGAGAAAGAUAGACGUGUAGAAACAUUUUAAAAAGUCUGACCACCAAUCUGUUUUGAACACUAUUUGACUUUGAGCAUUGUCUUCUAAUAUAACAACUUAUAUGGCAAAAAUAAAUCUACUGGGUGACAUCAUGUAAAAACUAAAUGAACCUACAGUGAAUAAAGUCUAUCCUCUGGAAACUGGAACACACAA